GUGUGACUGACCUUUGGGAGACAUGAAUGCGGUGCUGAGGACGGCUGGGGGUGUCGAUGUAGGAGCGAAGAAGCGAGCACGACAGGCAGCACAUGCCGAGAAUCAACGCGCCCAUGUACAACGUCGUAAGAUGCUCGUCAAGACCUUGGAGGUCGACGUCGGGGCCUUGACCGUCGAGACGGUGUACCUGGAACGCCAGUUGCUGCGUGCAUCAUCCAUGCUCAACGAGACUCGACCGGAGAAGCUCGUGAAGGAGUACGUCAAGAUGUUUCACUUUGGGUACCAGUCAAGCAACCCGACCCAACUGUCGUUCAUUCGAUCGUUCAUGCGCGAGGACAUCUGCGCGCACGGCAUCAUCGGCCUACCCUUCUUUAUAGACAAUUUUCGGCGCUACUGCUCUGUGAAUUUAAACUUUCAGAUGGACUACGUGCACAGCCACUUCGUCUACAACGACGAGUGCGACGGUCUCGUGUUGGGACGCUGCGUGCUGCAGCUCAUGGUCAAGCAACGCAUAUCACGCGGCCUCCUCGAACUGUACUACCCCGGCGUGCUCAACAACGAGCCCCUCGUCCAAAGCCUCAUUGGUCAGACCAUACGCAUCCCGUCGACGUCCGACUUCACGUUCGACACCAAUGGCCUCAUAUCCGUGUACGCGUCAUCCAUGGAGCUCGUGCGCGCCUUCGUGGACCUCGUCCACGACGUCGAAGUUGCCGCGAUGAUCGUCCAUGGCAACCGAUUGCAUCCUCGAAACUUUGUGCGGGCGUAGUAGCCGUAGUUCUUGUAGAUACUGUGAAAAGUUAUACUAUCU